GGAAAGCAGGGCUGACUGGUUUGUCCAGUUUUUACUUUCAGGUGUUCUGUUGUCUACAGGUAUUCAGAUUCCAACUGUUCAGUGCAGACAUCGACUGUAACAGGACGAACAAUUCAGAGCUCUCUCAACACACAAAUACAGAAAACCAUCAUGAGUUCCAAGAUGGUCAUCAGGCAGCCUGAGCCUGUGAUGGAUGCCCGGGAAUCGGAUGAGUGGGGAUCGGGGAUCUGUGACUGCUGUCAAGAUGUGCCCGAGUGUUGUUUAGCUUUCUGGUGCUUGCCCUGCUUCGCCUGUAAAACAACCAAGAAAUACGGGCAGUGUCUGUGCCUCCCCCUGUUGGACAUGUUUGGUUUUAUCCCUCCCGUCACCAUGUCCAUGAGGGUCUCCAUGAGGCAGCGCUACGGCAUCAAAGACACCAUGUGUAGGGACUGUGUGUUUGCCACCUUUUGUGCGUCCUGCAGCUGGUGUCAGAUGUCCAGAGAGAUGAGGAGAAGAGACCUCCAAGUCGUCUUAGUCAGUGCCAAGAACACAUGAGUUCACUCCCGUGUCUUCACCACCACCAAGGCUGUAACAUGCUUCAUUAACACACAGCCUGCUGCAGAUUUUUUUAACACAUCUAAACAUUAUAAAUACACUUACACUGAAGCGUAUGUGAAAGAGAAAAGCCUACACUGAACAAACUGAAACGUUUACUUUAAUUUAAUGUAUUAUGUCAACAGAUUUUACAUUACUGCAUCAUGUCAGCUUGAAGCAAUAAUAUGAAGUUUACAUCAAAACUAAAAGUUGGUUCAACUUAAUAUUAUUGGUUUCAACUAACCUUACACCGUUAUGUGAAAUUUGUUGGCAUCCAUUUUUUCAGUGAUACGGUGCUCAUGUCAAUGACUGAAAAGCAAUAUGUGAAAUACUAAUGUAAUAAGAUUAGCUAAGAUGAUCGACCUAUAACUCCCACAGCAUCUUAAGAGCUCUUGCAGCAGGACAUUUAGAAAGAAAGUGUUUGAAAUAUGUUACGCCCGAGUGUUUUCCCAGUUAAUCUUUUUAGAUGAAAGCACUUACUUUUACUGAAAAAAAUGAUAUCUGAUCUUGGUCAAAGGGAACUGUUCGCUGACUUUAAGACAACUGUUCUUGAAGAGCCUUCAUGAAUUACAUGUUUUUACUUUGUUUACAUGUUGUGUAAGCAAACCUACAGCAUGGGUUUAUCAUCAUGCCACCAGAUUUGUAAACUUGUAUUGUUUUCACAUACUAAUAUACUAUCUGACAAAAACACACUUUCAGCAAUUUAAAAUUAUGACAUCUCAUUAUGUAUUUCUAUUAAAUUUGUAUAUAGAAAAUCA